AUGGCUGGUUCAACCCCCUUUGUCGCUGUGGCCGGUGCAACAGGCCAUCUGGGCUCUCUUAUCGUUCUCAACCUUUGUAAGAAGGAUGUAGCAGUGAAAGCACUCAUUCGUCCAGGGACUUCAGGCUCACGUACCCAACACCUUCGAGAAGCUGGCUGUCAGAUCACCGAAGUGGACAUGACCGAUGUCCCAACAUUGACAGAAGCCCUCACUGGCGCAACCACCGUGGUAUCUGCACUCCAAGGCUUGAAGGGCGUCAUCAUAGACGCACAAGGAGCUCUCCUCGAGGCCGCUAUGGCUGCAAAAGUACGACGAUUCAUUCCUUCGGAUUUCUCUUUGGACUUCACCAAGACAACUCCCGGUACCAAUCGAAACCUGGAUCUCCGGCGCGAAUUUCACGCAAAGCUUGAUGCAUCUGGUAUCGAAUGGACGAGUGUGCUGAAUGGUUGUUUUAUGGAAGUAGUUACAACACGUCAGAUGCCUUUGAUCAACGACGCCUUUCAUUUAAUCACGCACUUCGGCAGUGUAGAUCAGAAAAUGGAUGUCACCACGGUACCGGAUGUAGCUGCUUAUACUGCUGCUGUUGCGGCAGACCCACACCCGAAGCCCAAGUUCCUACGUAUCGCAGGUGAUGUUUUCACUGCAAAGGAAAUGGCCGUUGUUAUGACGAAAUUGCGAGGGAAACAGUUUACCACGCAAUGGGUUGGCAGUGCGGGAUUUCUCUCGAUAUUGAUUGGUGUCUUGAAAUUGUUUAUAGGAGGUGUAGAGGACAAGUUGUUUCCCCCUUGGCAAGGAAUGCAGUAUAUGCUUAAUAUGAUAAGCGGGGAAGGAAAAUUGAACCCUCUGGAUAACGAUAGAUAUCCCGAACUAAAGUGGACGUCGGUGGAGCAAGCUAUAAGGGAAGCAGAUGCGGCUAAGGCGAAGGAGAAGUCGACGUAG